CCCCCCCCUAUUCACUUCAAUUUUUAUCAUCAUCUCUUAUAAACAGUUUCCAAUCCAAUUCCCAGUGACCCACAAACCCCAAAAAUUAAGGUGCCGAUGUCGGCGGCGGACGGAAUCGGAGACAUGCGCGGCGGCGGCGGCCUUUUGAUGCGCGCGGCGGCGAGGGCGGCGCGAGCGCGGUGGUUCGGGUUCCUGCGGCGGGCCUACGUCUACCAGAACGGGCCGCGGUCGGACGUGCUGGCGGCGUCGAACCCCUUCAACUCCCCCUUCUGGCUGGCCGCCGAGCUGGCGGCCGCCGUCGCGCAGGUCGGCGUCAUCGCGGCCGUGCUGGCGGCCGCGCGGAACGAGAGGCCGCUUUGGCCCGUCAGGCUCUGGGUCGGCGCCUACGCCCUCGCCAACCUUCUCAGCCUCCCUCUCAUAUAUUGGCGGCGCCACCACUCCGCCUCCGCCUCCGCCUCCGCCUCCGCCUCCGCCGCCCCCGCCCCUGUGGAUAUUGAACACCAAGGAAGCAAUGAGGAAGCAGUGUUCAGGGGAUCUUCGUCGUACCUCGUAAACAAGUUGCGGACGUUCCUCGAGCUGUUCACGGCGGUGUGGUUCGUCAUGGGCAACGUGUGGGUGUUCGACGCGCGCUACACCGCCUCCGCCUCGUCCUCGUCCUCGUCCUCGUUGCACCUCGGCGGUGCCCCGAUGCUCCACGGCCUCUGCGUCGCCCUCCUCGCCUACAACGCCGUCCUCUACUCCUUCCCCUUGCUGCUGUUUCUGCUGCUGUGCUGCGUCGUGCCGUUCGUUAGUAGUGCUGUCGGAUUCAACAUGAGCUCCGCGGCGGCGUCCGCGGCCCGCGGCGCCUCCGACGAGCAGCUGGAGCAGCUACCAAAGUGGCGGUUCAAAGCAGCUAAUCCUGGGGGUGAUCCUGGGCCCUUGGAGAAUCCUGAGUGCUGCAUAUGUCUGGCCAAGUACAGGGAGAGGGACGAGGUGAGGCAGCUGCCUUGCUCUCAUCUCUUCCACCUCCGAUGCGUCGACCGCUGGCUCCGAAUCAUCUCUUGCUGUCCGCUCUGCAAACAGCAGCUUGAAAGGCAGUAGUCAGACUAAUACUGAGCACUGAAAAUCUAUUUGAAAGGAACAACUAUUAAUUUGUUUUAGGGUUCUUCCCAAAUUUGAGCUUGUAUAUGUGUAUCAACACAGGCUUUUUAAUCUUUACAUUUUUUCUUUUUUUUUCUUUUUUUUUUUGUAAAUGAGUUUUAGUGCUUGCACCAAGGAAGGAAAAAGCACAUGAAUAUAUAUUUAUUUGAAGAAAGAGUUAAAGCUAUAGCAAGUUACAUGUAUAUAUAAAUAUUUUUUUUUUCCACAUUUUUUUUUAGUAAAACAUGUGCAGGAUGUAUAUGUUGUGAUCA